CAGGAUCUUUUUCUCACCCUGACUGAAGUACCCUCCCAAGCCUCCCAAGCCAGUACCCAAGACUCUGACCCCAUGGAAGGGACCUUAGCAGCUGCAAAUUCCUCAAGCCUCCCUCCUCCAUCCCGAAGGUUAUCACAGAUAAGGCGUCGUAAGAAGAAGACGCGGGAGGACAUGUUUUCUGAAAUUAUGCAAUCCAGCAGGAGUGACAGAGCUCAUCUGAAUGAGUGGAAGGAAACAGUUUCAAAGUAUAGGAAAGAAGUCAGUGAACGUGAGGAGAGGAGGGACCAACGUGAGGAGAGGAGGGACCAACGUGAGGAGAGGAGGGACCAACGUGAGGAGAGGAGAGACGAUCGAGAUGAGAGAUGGCGGCAGGAAGACCAGAGGAUGAAGGAUGCAACGCUGGGGCUGCUCCGGCGUCUGGUGGAGGUUCAGGAACGGCUGCUGGAAAACAGACUGCCGCUUCAGCCCCUGUUCCACCCUCCCCCCUCCCCAUGUUCCGUAUCCUCCUCACCCAGACGUGUAAGAACGCGGGGGGGGAGGCUCCGUACACCUUCCCAUUCCACCCCAGUAGACAGCCCAAGCAAAAGGCUGUCAUUUUUUUAACCUUUUCUUUGUGGCUUUUUCCUUCCCAGCAAUCCUCC